AUGGAACGAGAUCCUACCACAGUAUGUAGGUUUAUUGCCAAGUACAAGAAAACUGGGAAAACUGAAAAUUUAUCACGACCAGGAUGGUCACCAGCCCUUAACAAUGAUGAAAAAGAUGCACUUGUAAAUGAAGCCACAAAAAUACGAUGUGCACCAUUGCAUGAAAUUAUCAAUAAGUUAGUUAUUUCAGAUGAAAUAAGCAUGGAAAUUGGAAAACAAUCAUGA